UUCUUUCGUUUCGACUUGCCUUAAGGAUGUACCGGUCUUUCGGCGUUCUUCUGGCACUUUUCGUAGUGCUUCAUGCAGCGAAUGUGCGGAAGCAGCUAGCUUCCCAACAAUGCAUCCCUGAGGAUGUAACGUUCCUGGUAGAUUCAUCAUCAUAUGUAGGAGCCGAUUACUUCAGAAUGCAACUCGACUUCAUCAAAUCCACUAUAAAUAACUACUAUAUAGCACCCCAAUGCACGCGAGUGAGCUUGGUUACCUUCAGUGAUGGUGCUUACAACCAGUUCUACCUCAACCAGUAUGCCAACAAGGCGGCGCUGUUCAAUGCCAUAGACAAUAUACAGUACACCCCGGCCACGCAUCGGUACUCCACCGAGGGCCUCAAGUACAUGAUGGCCAACAGCUUCAUGUCCUUGCAUGGUGGACGAAACAACGUGCCACACAUCGGGAUCAUGGUUUCCAACGGGCUACCGGCCAAUACAAAUGCGUUUUUGCAAACGGCGCAACAGGUUAAAGCGAGUGGCAUCAAAUUGUACACAGUGGGAGUGGGAACCGGCGGACAUUUGCAACAGUUCGCCACUGCUGCUAGCUCACCAUACAGCCGCUAUUCUCUAGUGGCCGAUAGCUACUCGACCCUUAACGAUCUUUCAUAUCCACUCGCAUACCGAACAAUGAGUGAGGCUCCUUUGACGUCAGUUCAGAAACAAGCAUGUGUUCCGAAGGCUGAUAUCGUGUUCCUUAUUGAUGGAAGUGGAAGUAUUGGACCAACAAACUUCAACAAACUGAAAACCUUCCUGAAGGGUAUUACCAGUCAGCUUGACGUGGGCGCUGACAAGAUUCAUGUUGGUGUCGAGCAGUUCAGCAACUACCCGUCUAUUGAGUUCCCGCUCAAUAUGCACACAAACGAUGCUGACCUGAGUUCGGCAGUCGACAACAUCAACUACAUGAGCGGUGGCACCAACACUGGAAGCGCCAUCGACUACAUGUCGCAGCAGAUGUUCUCCCAGACAAGCGGUGCGCGUCCCAGCGUUCCAAGGAUAGCGGUGGUCAUCACUGACGGAAAAUCGUCCAGCUCCGCCGCCACCGCUACCGCCGCCGACCAGGCCCGUCAGAACCACAUCUCCUUGAUUGCUGUUGGCGUCGGAAACGGUGUCGACAUCAAUGAACUCCACAGCAUCGCCGAUGAUCCAGACAGCUCCAACACGUUUACUGUGAACAGCUAUGAUCAGCUCAACACCCUUACUGCCCAGAUCAUUCAGAAAGCUUGCUCAGUUAGAACAACAGCCCCUCCAGUUUCCAGUAACAACAAUGCCGGAGGCACCUUGCCACCCGAUCCUUGCCAAGACUCUCUUGCUGAUUGCAAACGAUACGGAGAGAGCGUCUGUGUUGACUACGCUCCCUGGGCCCAUGACAACUGUCAAAGAUACUGCGGAUUCUGUAAUCCUCUGUACACCACUGCUCCUCCACCUUGCGUGGAUCUCCUCUCCAAUUGUCCUAACUACGGAUCUGCCGUCUGCAACAACAACCUGUAUCAAGGAUGGGCCAAGGACAAUUGUAGGAAAUUCUGUGGCUUCUGUGGACCUAGUGUCAGUGCUGUAGGAUUCUAUGGACAAUGUAGUUACAAAGGAAAAUCUUACAACCCCGGAGAGAAAUGGACUGAUGGAUGUGACUAUGAGUGUAUCUGUGAGGAUGGAGCAAGCGGUCGCUACAAAUGCUACAACAGGUGUCCUCUCUACUACAACUUGCCCGCUGAGUGUACGCUCGUCCGAGACCCACAGGAAUGUUGUCAAAGACCUGUUUGCAACUUCAACCAGAAUCUCCAGACAUUCGAGCAGACUAGUCCUGCCCGAACUCCAACAGGCGUCGGUGUAUGUGUGUACAAAGGAAAACAAUACUAUGAGAGUCAGUCUUGGAAGGAUGGCUGUAACUACCAAUGCACUUGCGCCAACGGAAACACAGGACUGUACAAAUGUCAAUCUUUAUGCCCACAAUACCAGUCUCUCCCUCCAUAUUGCCACAUGGUCAAAAAGGCCGGAGAGUGCUGUGCUCAGCCAAGUUGCGAAUUUAACACACAGAGCGGAUCUUUUACAGGAACCGGAUCCAUCAGUGGAGGCGGAGUUGGCAAAACACCAACCACACCACCACCCUGCGUUAACCAGCUAUCUAACUGUGAGAGAUAUGGACAAGAUGUCUGCUCAGGGUUCUCUAAUUGGGCCUCCGUAAACUGCAGAAAGUACUGCAAUUUGUGCAAUGUUCAACCAACACCUGCACCAACAGAUCAAUGCAUGUAUCAGGGUCAUGCCUACAGCCAGGGUCAAGGUUGGAAGGUCAGCUGUGACACAGAGUGUGUUUGUGAGAACGCUAUUUAUGGAUACUACCGAUGCACCAAUACAUGCCCCACAUACAACAACUUACCAAAGGGAUGUUAUGAAGUAAAGAAAGCUGGCCAGUGUUGCCCAACAGUACAGUGUGAGAAUGGAGUUCUACUCACAUCCACGAACAACUUGGGGACUAUUGGUAGUGGAGGCCUGAUCAGUGUCCUUCACCCCCCUGUCCCCCAGGCUGUCCCCACCCUCCCCAGUGGAGGUCAACCUCUCCCAGGAACCGGAGGAACUGGCUUCAUGGCUCCAUCACUCAAGGGUUGUUUGUACAAGGGAGUGAUGUACAUCCAGGAUCAGAUUUGGAAUGAUGAAUGUAAAUACACUUGUGAGUGCCAGGACGCCAGCACUGGAUUGUAUAGAUGUAAUGAAAGAUGCCCAACCUACCUCAACCUGCCAGCUGCAUGCACCUUUGUAACAGACCCCAAUGACUCCUGUUGUAAGAAGCCCACAUGUCCAGAUCCCAACACGCCCAUUGUGCCCACAUUUGGUCAAAGUAACAUUGGUCACGGAAUAGUCCAGCCUCCCAGCUCCACAGACCUGUACCAGAACUACAGUCCCAUACCUUACACUGUCAUCUACAACACCGGACAAACCACUCAAUCACCCUCUGCCACAAACCCUGUCACCAUUGGAUACUGUCUGAGAAAUGGACAGAAACAUUUACAAGGAGAGCAGUGGAAUGAAGGAUGUGACUACAUCUGUACUUGUGAAGAUGCCUCAACAGGAAAGUGGAAAUGUACCCAGAGAUGCCGUGUCUACUCUAAUCUACCCAAGCCUUACUGCUACCUGAUCCAGGAUCCAAGUGAUGCCUGCUGUCAGAAGCCCAAGUGUGACUUCACUGCAAGCACUAACAUCCACAGCGGCUCUUACUCAGCCCCGGUUACCGUCACUCAGAGGCCCACAACAACCCCCCGCCCUACCACCCCCAAACCAAACGUCUGUGUGUACAAUGGCAAACAGUACAGCCAAGGACAAGUCUGGUAUGAUGGUUGCAACUACAAAUGUACCUGUGAUGACGCCUAUGGUGGAAUCUACAGAUGUGUCAACAGAUGCCCAGUGUACCAGAACGUCCCUGAUGUAUGCACUAUGGUACCUGACCAGAGUGAUCCUACUUGUUGCCAGAUGCCCAGAUGUAAUUUCACCCCAGUCAACAACACAGUCAACGGACAGGGAGGAGGCGUGUCCACUCUGGCUCCAGGAACCUACCAAGGAAUUGGCACCGGAGUCAACAUCGGUUUUUGUCUGUACAAAGGAAAACAGUACACUCAAGGUCAAAGAUGGGAUGAUGGCUGUGAUUUCAGAUGCGAAUGUAAAGACCAGAGCACUGGAAGAUACGUCUGUUCUGAUAUGUGCCCAAGAUACAGUGACCUUCCAGCUCAGUGCAAACUGAUCCCUGACUUCCGUAACCCUUGCUGCAAAGUUCCAGACUGUGGAUUUGAUGGAACUCUGACCUCCAUUAGCGGUCAGAAUACCUUGGCUCCUCCAAUGCCGGGACAGCCUACCCCUUCUCCAAACCCCCUCAACCCCAACCCCAACCCCACACCAAACAUGGGAGUACCUGUUCUCAACUACUGUUUGUACAAGGGAGUGAAAUACUUCCAAGGACAGUCAUGGGAAGAUGGAUGUGACAAGAAAUGUCUGUGUGACCAGGCCUCAGAAGGACUGUACACCUGCAACGACAGAUGCCCUCAGUACACACAGGCCCUCCCCAAGGAGUGCCGAAUGGUGACCUCAAAAACCGACCCCUGCUGUCAGGAGCCCCAAUGUGACAUUCCUUCUCUGCUGGCCAACAUCACUGGAACCUUGUCCCCUGGCAUGAUCCCGACACUGGCUCCACCUGGUGUAAUUUCAGGCUAUGCCAACACUCCAACUCCUCAGCCUCAGGCUCCAGGACAGUCUACACUGGCUCCAAAGCCAAUCAACUUCUGCGUUUACAAAGGCCUUCAGUAUGCCACAGGGUCACGAUGGGAUGAUGGCUGUGACUUCACCUGUGUCUGCACUGAUGGAACUACAGGACACUAUGACUGCACAGAGAAAUGCCCAAGAUAUGGUCAAUUGCCACGUGAAUGCUACCUCACAAAGGAUCCUGCCAACCCAUGUUGCCAGAAACCAGAAUGUGUCUUCAACCCUAAUGUGGCCGAAUUCACCAACGCUCCCACUACCAAAGCUCCCCUCCCUGGAUCCACCAAUGCCCCUACCCCUCAGCCAUCUGGAAUGCCAAAUCCCAACCCAUUCCCAACUCCUGCCCUCCCCAAAGCUGUGUGUGUAUACAAGGGAAUGAGUUACACUCAGGGCCAGCAGUGGUACGAUGGCUGUGACUACACCUGUACAUGUGAGGACGCCAUGCAAGGAGUCUACAGAUGUAGCAAGAGAUGUACUGAGUAUCCACAAAUGACCCCAGGCUGCAGCCUUGUCGCCGAUUCCAAAGACCCUCUGUGCUGUAAGGUGCCUCAGUGUCAGGUCCCACCCAAGUACAGCAACCAGACAGGCUUCAUCAACAUUCCUACCCCUCCCCCAGGAGUCAUCACUGGAGGAUCUGUCACAAAGGCACCAACCUUGGCUCCAAACCCAGCCCCAGGUCAACCAACUCCCAAUCCUUCACUCAAUCCUACACCAGCUCCCACACCUGUCUGUAUCUACAAGGGAAAUCAGUAUACACAGUCACAGAGAUGGCAAGAUGGCUGCGACUUUAACUGUGAAUGCACCAAUGCUCAGACUGGAUUCUACAAAUGCACUGAAAUGUGCCCCAACUACAAUGGCCUUCCACCACAGUGCCAGCUGGUCACUGAUGUCAACAAGCCUUGCUGUAAGAAGCCCUACUGUAACUUCCAGGGUGUGACAAUUGAGGUCACUAAUACCCCAGCUCCUAACAUGGGGACAACCAUUGCUCCUAACCCACUCAACCCCACCGGACCAACUCUUUUCCCUACCCCUGCUCCACCAGAGGUGUGUGUCUACAAUGGAGUCCAGUUUAAACAAGGAGCAACUUGGCAAGAUGGAUGCUCUCUGAACUGUGUCUGUGAAAAUGGAAAGACUGGUUUCUACAGAUGUAACGAAAGGUGUGCCCGCUAUGACUCUGUCCCAGCUGGAUGUACAAUGACAACAGACCCCAAGGACAGCUGUUGCAGAAUCCCUGUCUGUGCUCCACAGCCAGCAACCACACUGGCCCCAGUGCCUGGAAACCCCGCCCCCACUCCAAACCCCAACCCCACCCCACCUCAGGUCCCCGUUGUCACAGGAUCCAUCAUUGGAAUAGGUGUGACCCCCACUCCUAAACCAGGUGAGACCCCUGCACCCAACCCAGUACCUGUCUGUGUCUACAAAGGUGUGCAGUACACUCAGGGGCAGAGGUGGGAUGAUGGAUGCACAUACAAGUGUGAAUGCAUCGAUGCCAGUGCUGGAAAGUACAAAUGCACUAAGAGAUGUGGAGAGUUCCCCAGCCUACCUUCAUCCUGUUCUCUGAUCAAUGACCCCAAUGACCAGUGCUGCAGAGUCCCCUUCUGUCAGCCUAAUCCAGUCUCCACCCCAGCUCCAAACCCAGGAACCACCCUGGCACCAGGAAUCAAUCCUACUCUGUCACCUAAUCCUAACCCUAAUCCCAAUCCAAACCCUAAUCCUACACCUAAUCCCAACCCAACAGGACCAACACCAGCUCCACAACCUAAAAACAUCUGUACCAUGAAUGGCCGUACCUACACCCAGGGACAGCAAUGGUAUGAUGGCUGUGAUAGAAUCUGCAGGUGUGAGGAUGGAAGCACUGGAUUUUACAGAUGCCAAGAUAGAUGUAGCAAAUAUGACAGCGUACCACAGAACUGUAUUCUUGUGGCUGAUCCCAAUGACCCACAGUGCUGCAAAGUUCCCUCUUGUAUUCCUGGACCAAACGGAUUCCCCACUCCUACCCCAGGACCUGACGGAUCCACCGUGGCUCCAGAACUGAUCACAAAUGUGCCAGUGGGUGUGGUCACAGGAUACGCCAAGCCGACGCCCACUGCCACCCCAGCCCCAGUGCCUGUGGGAGGAACCACCGCCAAACCCAUGCCAACUCCAGCACCCAGAGAUGUUUGUGUGUACAAGGGAGUUGAGUACAUUCAGGGACAGAGAUGGCAAGAUGGAUGCACCUACAAUUGUGUCUGUGAGAAUGGAAUGACUGGCAAAUACAAGUGUACAGACAGGUGUGCAGCCUACCCAGCCCUGCCACCAUACUGUUCCCUUGUACAGGACCCCAGUGACUUCUGUUGUAAACAGCCCCUGUGUAACUACCAGACACAGGCUCCCUCUAUCCCCCCACCAGUGACCCCCAGCCCUCUCCCUGGGCAGCCCACACCUAGCCCUAAUGUCAACCCCACACCAGCACCCAACCCCAAUGCGGUCUGUGUGUACCAAGGAGUGGCCUACAAACAAGGAGAUACCUGGAAUGAGGGAUGUAUCAAGAAAUGUCGAUGUGACGAUGCCAGCAAGAACAUCUAUACCUGCUUUGACAGAUGUCCAUCGUACAAACUGAACCCAGGCUGUGUAAUGACCACGGAUCGUAAUGACCCCUGCUGUCAGGUACCCUCCUGCACUGUGGUGCCCACCCCCGCGCCAAUCCAGACACCUGCCCCCAUGCCAGGAGUGAGCACCGUGGUCCCAGGAACAGUACCCACCCCUGUUCCCUCUGCUUACCCAUCCCCCAUCCCCACAGGACAAGUAGGAACCAUUGUGGGUCAACCUCAGAUUCCCCCACUCAGAGCUGUGUGUGACUACAAGGGAAUGAAGUAUACCACUGGACAGAAAUGGCAAGAUGGAUGUCAAUACGACUGUGAAUGUAUUGAUGGCUCAACUGGACAGUACAGAUGCACUGAAAAGUGUCCAAGAUUCCCCCAGAUCCCAAGCUACUGUAUCAUGGCCCAGGAUCCCAUGGAACCCUGUUGUAAGACGCCAGUGUGUAACACUGUCACCCCCACACCACAGCCUAAUGGUGCCCCCACCCCACUGUCAGGAUCUACCCUGCCACCAACACUGAUGCCUCCUGUCACCCCAGGACCCAUACCCACCCCACCGCAACCCAAGAAUGCAUGUAUUAUGAAUGGAAAAUCCUACACCCAAGGACAGCAGUGGGAUGAUGGAUGCAAACAGAUCUGUGUAUGUGAUGAUGGAGCCACUGGACACUACACCUGUAGAUCAAGAUGUGCUCAGUAUCCUAACAUUGCUCCCAGCUGUAUCAUGGUCCCAGAUCCCAAUGAUCCCAAAUGUUGCCAGAUCCCACAGUGUGACCAGACCAAUCCUAACCAGCCAUCGGGAAUAACUGGCAGUAUCACUGGCACCAAUCCAACACUGGCACCAACUCCCAACUACACUCCAUCUCCAAACCCUAAUCCAAACCCAAAUCCCAAUCCCAAUCCCAAUCCUAAUCCUUAUCCAUAUCCAACACCAUAUCCAGGAGGCACCUAUCCUCCAUACAUGAUCCCAUCUCCCAAUUCUAACAAUACUCCAGCCCCAGGAAUGCAGACUACUCAACAACCAACCAUGCCACCUACCCCUCAGCCAAAUAUGUGUGUCUACAAGGGCAAGGCCUACAGCCAGGGAAUGAAAUGGAGGGAUGGUUGUGAUUACAACUGUGAGUGUCAAGAUGGCAUGACAGGACGAUAUGUCUGCACAGAAAUAUGUCCAAGGUAUCCCAACUUGCCAGCCGGCUGUGUAAUGGUCAAUGAUCCAGCCAACCCAUGUUGUAAGAAGCCUGACUGCAGCAACCCCACCCCUCUCCCUGUCCUGACCCCUAGCCCACGUCCAGGAGUCAACCCCACACCAGGUCCAACCAACACCCCAGCCCCAAGUUUCUGUAUCUACAAUGGAAUCCCCUACCAGGAGGGCAAGACGUUCGAGGACGGAUGUGACAAGAUCUGUACCUGUGAGAACGGCAUGUUGGGUCAUGUGACUUGCAAGGACAGAUGCCCAACCUUCCCACCCCUCAAGAGUGGAUGUACAAUGGUCACCGACCCCAACGACAAAUGCUGCCAGGUGCCAAACUGUGUCAACUCCACUACCCUGGUGCCAUACAGCCCCGGCGGUACUAUCAAUGGUCAGAAUAUACCUCCCUCACCGGGAUCCCCCAGCGGUGGAACCAGAAAUGUGUGUGUUUACAAUGGCAAGAUCUACACCCAGGGACAGCAGUGGGACGAUGGAUGCACCUACCACUGUGUGUGCUUGGACUCCACCACUGGACACUACCAGUGUACCGAAAGAUGUAACAGAGUGCCACAAUUGCCACCAUACUGUACAAUGGUGAAUGAUCCAAAUGACCAGUGUUGUCAGAUGCCUUACUGCCAGAACCCCAACCCAACACCUAACCCCAACCCAUCACCCGAUGGAUCACCCACAGUGGCACCAAACCCAGGACCCAACAUGAAUCCAACACCAGCUCCAAAGCCUAAAGAUGUGUGCGUGUUCAAGAACACCCAGUACUACAGACAGGACCAGCAGUGGUAUGACGGCUGUAAUGCUGUAUGUCGUUGUGAGAAUGCUGCCACCGGGUACUACAGAUGUCAGGAGAGAUGUGCUCGAUACACCAGCGUGCCAGCUGAGUGUACUCUGGUUCCCGAUCCCAAAGAUCCCUCUUGCUGCCAGGUACCAAAAUGCCCAGUUAAGCCCACAGCCGGCCCAGUGCCCACACCAGGAUAUGUACCUACACCGGUCACUGCCAAGCCUGGAGUACUGACUGGCCUUGCCCCUGUACCUACAUCUCAGCCCACUCCUAGCCCACUUCCAGGAAACACUCCUUCACCAACCCUUUCACCACCUCUACCCAAAGCAGGCUGUUACUACAAGGGAGUCGUUUACCAGAAGGGACAGACCUGGUCCGAUGGAUGCCAGUUUGACUGUGUGUGCUUGGAUGAUAUGUCUGGACAGUACCAGUGUACAGAAAAAUGCACCAAAUACCCAAAUCUGGAUAGCCACUGUGUCCUAUUACAAGACACUGCCAAUCCAUGUUGCCAGAAACCGUACUGUGACUUUGUGAACCCCACACCAUUCCCCAAUGGUAUCCCAACACCACAGCCCAUCAUGACCCCAGCACCACUGCCAGGAAACCCCUCUGUGGCCCCCAACACUGUACCCACCCCAAAUCCUAACCCCACCAGAGCCCCACCCCCAGGCUCCUGUGUGUACAAGGGUGUGUUCUACUCUCAGGGUCAGACCUGGAAUGACGGAUGUGACAAGACUUGUCAGUGUGACGAUGUCACCACUGGCUACAUCAGCUGCCAUCCAAGAUGCCAUACCUACAAUAGUGUACCAGCUGGCUGCGUCCUUAGAACAGAUCCCAAGGACAGUUGCUGUGUGGCCCCAGACUGUAACAAUCCCAACAUCCUGAACCCUACCCCACAACCUAGCCCCACACCAGGACCCGGUGGCAUCACCCUUAACCCUCAGAUGAACCCCAGCACCAGUGGAGUGAUGAUUUACCCCUCACCUGUUCCCACUGGUAGCUUCAUUGGAAGUGGCAUCGUCCCAGGAGCUGGCUCAAGUUACCCUGGAACAAUUAUCACUGGAUCUACAAAGGCCUGUAUCUACAAGGGUGUUGCUUACAACCAGGGAGACAAAUGGGACGAUAACUGUCAGUACAAGUGUGAGUGUAUUGAUGCUUCAAGAGGACAAUACAGGUGUACCGACAGAUGCUACACUUACCCACCACUUCCACCCCAGUGCUCUUACGAACGUGAUCCCAAUGAUGUCUGCUGCCAAGUUGCCAAGUGUACACCAUUCAUACCAACCUAUGGUCCAACAGUGACUUUAGCCCCUAACACACCGAUCGUCAUUAACCCCAAUACCAACACUCCAGUCAUUGGAACACAGACCACAGCUCCCAUUAUCAUCAACCCCAACACAAACCCAGGUGUCACUGGGACACAGACCACUCAGAACCCCAUUGUCAUCAACCCCAACACCAAUCCUUCUAACACAGGCUCCCAAACCACACUCAAACCCUCAAAUAUGUGUCUCUACAAGGGUGGUCUCCACCCCCAGGGCUCUAAGUGGCAGGAUGGCUGUGACUUCACUUGUUAUUGUGUGGAUGCCAUGUCUAACAGUUACAGAUGUCAGGCAAGAUGCAAGACCUACUCCUCACUCCCAUCCUACUGUCACUUGGUCCCUGAUCCAGCCGAUCAGUGCUGUGAGAAAGUAGAAUGCACAGCCCCCAACGGUCAGGUGCUGGUUCCCCAGAUUCCUAGCGGACCAACAGUCUCCCCUACCCUGUCACCAACCAUUCAGCAUGUGAUCCCCGUGGGAACCCACCAGGUGUUCACCGGAUCUGGACAGCCUAGCUACCCCAUCAGUGGUGCUCCUGGAACCUCAGGCACCAGAAGUGGAUGUGUGUACAAGAGUACAGUGUAUCACCAAGGACAGUCCUGGGAUGAUGGCUGUAAAUAUGUCUGCAACUGUAUGGAGGAAUCCACCGGUCUCUACAAGUGUACAUCUAAAUGCCCAUCCUAUCCACCACUGCCAAGCUACUGUAGCUUCACCAACGUCCCUGGUCAGUGCUGCCCAACUCUCAGCUGUAACAGUCCAGACUUUGGCAACUACAACCCCGCCCCACAGCUGUACCCUACCCCAGCACCCGCGAUCCAACCCUCUCAGGUACCCCAGAUCAUCAACCCAGGAUACAACCCCAGUGUGACUGGCAGUCAGGUUGUUCCUGGAACUGUGGCCUCAGGAUUCACUGGAAGCAGAAACAACUUGUGCAUCUACAAGAAUAAACUGUACAACCAGGGAGACAAAUGGGAUGAUGGAUGUGAAUACUCCUGCGAGUGCAAGGAUGCAAACAGUGGAUACUACGAGUGUAGUCCAAAAUGUCCCAACUACAAUCUGCCCACUGAGUGCUAUCUGAUGAGAGCUGGUGGAGACUGCUGCCCACAACCAAUGUGCAGAAACCCCGACGGAUCGACCAUCAACCCACUGACCAGCCCAAGCUCCCAGUACCCAGUGUACGGAACCUACCCAGGAGGCUUCACUGGAUUCAGACCGGGAUACACCCAGCCAUUCGCCACCGGCAGCAAUUCAUUCAGCAAUCAGUCCAAUGUUUGCAUCUACAAGGGAUCCAUCUACAGACAAGGCGAGACAUGGGAGGAUGGAUGUGACUUCAAAUGUACCUGCGUUGAUCAGUCCAAGGGAAUGUACCAGUGUACUGCCAGAUGUAAGACCUACACCUCCCUCCCUUCAGUUUGUAAAAUGUACGAUGUUCCUGGUGAGUGUUGUGCAGAGGUCCGUUGCAAGACCCCUGAGAGCUCACCCACACCCCCAGUCAUUGGUGGACCCACUGUUAGGCCUUAUCUUGAUCCACUCUGUCACGACACCAUCGACAACUGCAAAAACUACCAGAAGGAGGUGGCCUGUCGUGGAGCCUAUGAACCAUGGGCAAGAUCGCACUGUAACCUGACCUGUGGCUUCUGCACGCCAUCUGUAACCGUGCAACCAGUUUGUGCCAACCGUAUCAACAACUGUGAUUUGUAUGGUAAAUCUGUCUGCACUGGUACUUACCGACCUUGGGCAACAGACAACUGUGCAAAAUACUGCAACUUAUGUACAAACUCUGCUCCAACCACUCCUGCCCCCACCCCAAGCACUGUGUGCCAGGAUAAGCUCGACAACUGUCAGGCAUAUGGUAAAUCCAGCUGUACCGGACAGUUUGAACCCUGGGCGCGUGACAACUGUCGUUUCUACUGUGGAUUCUGUAGUUCCACCGGAUCAGUCAUUAACUUCCAAGUUCAGCCUCCCACAGGGUACACAACUCUGAUGAAGGGUGUGGCCGGAGUGCCAGGGGACAUGUACCAGAUCUGGACCAGCCCAGCUACAAUGAACGCCAACAACCAACAGGCUAUGUAUCUUACCAACACAUUCAAGGGUCACUACAAAACUGACCUGUCACAAUGGAACAGCAUGUGUCUUGAUAGGAUUCGAGUGUCUAUCUACAAGAAUGGACAAGAGAAGGCAUGGAUCGAGUUCAAUUCAAUUGGAGCCAAUCAGAACAACUGGUUUGAUCCUAGCAGAAUCAUUGCUUCCAGCUACACAGACAUCAAGACAGCAGCCAAGGAAGUUUUCAGCAUGAUGGGUGACACCAACACUGGGCGGGAGUUCCUGAUGAGUCAGCACUCUAACACUCAAUGCGAUACCUAUGGAUGGAUCAUGAUCUCCACCCAGAACAACUGUCCAUUUGAGGCUAGUGCUGGUGGAAAGCCUGCCUUCCUCUACUCUCCUGGCCAAACAUCCUCCCACUUUGAACAGACCCAAGUUGGAACUGGAGAUGUUCUUGCUAUCAUGGGCCACCAUGGAACAUGCAUCGUCACUGUGAGACCCACUUUCCAAGUCACAAACACUGCUGCUUGUGUAUACAAUAACAAGGUCUACAACCAAGGAGACUCCUGGACCGAUGGUUGUAAAUAUAACUGUACAUGCACAGAUGCCAGAAACGGAAACUAUCAAUGUGUAGAACUAUGUCCAACCUAUUCACAACUCCCACAAGGCUGCUCCCUGGUGAAGAGCCCUGGAUCUUGUUGUGCAGUGCCAAACUGUGGUAACCACGUCUACAACCCCAACAGCAAUAACCCAGCAGAGAGAGGUUUGUGUUACUACAAAGGAGAUGUGUACUCCCAGGGAGAGCAAUGGGAUGAUGGCUGUCAGUACAAGUGUACCUGUCUGGAUGCCACCUUGGGCAGAUAUCAGUGUAAUCCAAAGUGCUUGAGCUGGCCUAACCUUCCAAGUGUGUGCUCUCUCCAGGCCCCUGCCCCAGGGUUGUGCUGCCCGCAGCCCAAAUGUCCCUCCAAUGUCCAAAUCAAUUUCCCCCCUGGUUACAAAAUAGAAUAAACACUCCUCUUCUAUUUGAUCAUUUCUUAGUGCAAUGAUAACAAAGACUAUAUUUAUUUGGUGCAUGAAGACACUGUACUGUUAGUUAUUAUUAUACAAUAAAAUUAUAUUUUGUUAUUAUGA